AUUAUGGUACGACAGGGAAAUAGUGAGGUGGCAAUUGACAGCAGCGGACCCCGGUACGAGAACAAGUAUUGACUCUUUAGCUGCGUCGUCUUUGUCCGAGACGCGGUUCCUUUACUUCGAGAAGGUGCUACUUUCAUUGAAAAGGUUCUGUGUUUACUGGCGCUGCCAUGUCGGCGAAAGCCAUCUCAGAGCAGACGGGAAAAGAGUUCUUGUAUAAGUAUAUCUGCACCUCAGCGGCCGUGCAGAACCGCUUCCGCUAUGCCAGUGUCACUGCUGAGACCGACUGGGAGCGCCUCACACAGGAGCAUCCAUGGCUGCUGACAGAGCGGCUGGUGGUAAAGCCAGAUCAACUAAUCAAACGGCGUGGUAAGCUCGGACUGGUGGGCAUCAACCUGGACCUGCAGGGUGUCCGAGAGUGGUUUAAAGCCCGCCUCAUGAAAGAAACCACUGUAGGAAAGGCAACGGGGGUGCUGAAGAACUUCCUCAUUGAGCCAUUUGUUGAAACACUCACAGGUAAUUAAUGUCAGCUAGAGGAGUUUUAUGUGUGUAUUUAUGCUACACGGGAAGGCGACCAUGUGCUUUUCCACCACGAGGGGGGAGUGGACGUGGGUGAUGUGGACGCUAAGGCCCAGAGGCUGUUGGUUGCAGUGGAUGAGAAGCUGAGUGAGGAGCAAGUCACGGAGAAGCUCCUCCUCCACAUUCCUGAUGAAAAGAAAGAAGUCUUGGCCAGUUUUAUAGUUGGCCUCUUCAACUUGUAUGAGGACCUCUACUUCACCUAUCUUGAGAUCAACCCCAUAGUCGUCACCAAAGAUGGAGUGUACGUCCUCGACAUGGCAGCCAAGAUUGAUGCCACAGCAGAUUACAUCUGCAAGGCUAAAUGGGGUGAUGUGGAGUUUCCACCACCCUUUGGCAGAGAAGCAUAUCCAGAGGAGGCGUACAUAGCUGAUCUGGAUGCAAAGAGUGGUGCGAGUCUUAAGCUGACCCUGCUGAACCCUCGUGGCAGGAUCUGGACCAUGGUGGCUGGAGGAGGGGCUUCAGUAGUCUAUAGCGACACCAUCUGUGACCUCGGCGGGGUGGAUGAACUGGCAAACUAUGGCGAGUACUCUGGCGCCCCCAGUGAACAGCAGACCUACGACUACGCUAAAACCAUCCUCUCUCUCAUGACUAGGGAGAAACAUACACAAGGAAAAGUGCUGAUCAUCGGAGGAAGUAUUGCCAACUUUACCAAUGUAGCAGCCACAUUCAAGGGCAUUGUCAGGGCCAUCAAAGACUAUCAAGGUCCUCUGAAGGAGCACGAGGUCACCAUCUUUGUUCGACGCGGCGGGCCCAACUACCAGGAGGGGCUGAGGGUCAUGGGGGAAGUAGGGAAGACCACAGGUAUCCCUAUCCACGUGUUUGGUACCGAGACCCAUAUGACGGCCAUUGUUGGAAUGGCUCUGGGUCACCGGCCAAUCCCUAACCAGCCCCCAAUGGACGCACAUACGGCCAACUUCCUCCUGAAUGCCAGCAACAGUGCAAUGACUCCAGCUACAACAAGGACCGCUUCAUUCUCCGAACCAAGGACAUCUAGCGAUGUCGACCCGGCCAAAAAGUCUAAAGCAGGUCUUCCAGCAGCCAAACCAACCACACUCUUCAGAAAACAAACCAAGGUCAUAGUCUGGGGCAUGCAGACACGUGCCGUGCAAGGCAUGAUGGACUUUGACUACGUAUGCUCCCGGGACGAACCCUCUGUGGCAGCCAUGGUCUACCCCUUCACUGGGGAUCACAAGCAGAAGUUUUACUGGGGCCACAAAGAGAUCCUGCUGCCGGUUUAUAAGAACAUGGCCGAUGCCAUGAAGAAGCACCCUCGGGUGGAUGUCCUGAUUAGCUUUGCUUCACUGCGCUCAGCCUUUGACAGCACUAUGGAGGUCAUGCAGUACCCACAGAUCCACACCAUCGCCAUCAUAGCUGAGGGCAUUCCUGAGGCUCAGACAAGGAAGAUAAUCAAGAAGGCUGAUGAGAAAGGUGUCACUAUCAUCGGCCCCGCUACGGUUGGUGGCAUCAAGCCUGGCUGUUUUAAGAUCGGCAACACGGGCGGCAUGCUGGACAACAUCCUGGCUUCCAAACUUUACCGCCCUGGCAGCGUGGCAUACGUGUCGCGCUCCGGGGGCAUGUCCAACGAGCUAAACAACAUUGUCUCCCGCACAACAGACGGCGUCUAUGAAGGUGUUGCCAUCGGAGGAGACAGAUAUCCUGGCUCCACCUUCAUGGACCACGUCCUACGUUACCAGGACACUCCAGACGUGAAGAUGAUAAUAGUGCUUGGAGAGAUUGGAGGCACAGAGGAGUACAAGAUCUAAGGCAUCAGAGAAGGCAGGAUAACCAAGCGUGUGUGCUGGUGUAUUGGAACCUGCGCCACCAUGUUCGCUUCAGAGGUUCAGUUUGGCCAUGCAGGAGCUUGUGCCAACCAGGCUUCAGAAACGGCAGUAGCCAAGAACCAGGCUCUGAGGGACGCUGGCGCUUAUGUACCAAAGAGCUUUGAUGAGCUGGGGGAUGUCGUCAAGACCGUUUAUGAUGAACUGGUGGCCAAUGGUACCAUUAUUCCUGCCCAGGAGGUGCCUCCCCCAACAGUGCCUAUGGAUUACUCUUGGGCCAGGGAGUUGGGUCUGAUCCGUAAGCCGGCCUCAUUCAUGACCAGCAUCUGUGACGAGCGAGGCCAGGAGCUCAUCUACGCCGGCAUGCCAAUCACUGAGGUCUUUAAAGAGGAGAUGGGUUUAGGAGGAGUGCUGGGUUUGCUUUGGUUCCAACGCAGGUUGCCGCGAUAUGCCUGCCAGUUCAUUGAGAUGUGCCUGAUGGUGACUGCUGAUCACGGGCCUGCCGUCUCUGGUGCACACAACACCAUUGUCUGUACUCGUGCUGGCAAGGACCUUAUCUCAUGCCUCACCUCCGGCCUGCUCACCAUCGGGGACCGUUUUGGAGGUGCUCUGGAUGCAGCUGCAAAGCAGUUCAGCAAGGCAUUUGACAGCGGCAUGCUGCCCAUGGAGUUUGUCAACAAGAUGAAGAAGGAUGGCAAGCUGAUCAUGGGCAUCGGACACAGAGUCAAAUCAAUCAACAACCCAGACAUGCGGGUGCAGAUUCUGAAGGACUUUGUGAAGCAGCAUUUCACCUCCACCCAGGUACUCGACUACGCCCUCGACGUAGAGAAGAUCACCACCUCCAAGAAACCCAACCUGAUCCUCAAUGUAGACGGUUUUAUUGGUGUUGCCUUUGUGGACCUGCUCCGGACGUGUGGUGGCUUCACACGAGACGAGGCUGACGAGUUUGUGGAGAUCGGUGCACUAAAUGGGAUCUUUGUCCUUGGACGUAGUAUGGGCUUUAUUGGACAUUACCUGGACCAGAAGAGGCUGAAACAGGGUUUGUACCGCCACCCCUGGGAUGACAUCUCCUAUGUGCUUCCUGAACACAUGUCCAUGUAAUCCCCUCAUUGCAGAACAUACACGCUACCAGAUGUGACCGCCUAAAUGAGUCAGGCAGCAUUACACAUCUCACUUGAUGUAUAUGUACUCUCCGGGUACAGUGGCCUUGGGAAAACUUCACAGGGUGAUUCUGGGAAAUGGAAGUAGUUUUUACUGAAAAAAAGGGGAAGUAUAUUUUUAGAUUUAGUUUUUGAAAAAUAAUUUAAACUCUGAAGUAACUUAUUCAAUUUUGACCACAGACCCAAACCAAUACAAGUUACAGCAGUUGCAAAAGCAUAACAUCAAUUGGUAGUUGACUCGAAGCACAUUUCAAACCGGACUCCUGCGUUACGGAAUCUCAUUAGGUAACCUGCAGUAACAGCUGGUGUGAUGUUUUCUCAAAUUCAACAAUACAAUAACAUGUUUUUUAUACUACUCACAAAAAUGAUUUCAGCAUUUGCCAGUUUUAGGCCACAAGAAAGUGUGCUUAAUUAUGUUCCCUGGCUUUUUUAGUAUUGCACCUUAGUUUAAAAACAAGAAGAUGUCAGUUUUAUGUUCCUUCUCAAGAUUCACUCCGAAUGAGAAGGAUUGUUGUCAUCAAGAUGAACCAAAGUUAUGUUUAGGAAUUUGUUAAGUUGUUUAUUUAAAAAGACAAAUCGGUCCAAUUGGUUGACAUUACAAAGCGUAUCUUCAAAAAAACAUCAGACAAACAGAUUAGACCAAUAUAUGAUGAUUUUAAGUGUCACUCCAAUAUUGCAUUUCCUUGAACAACCAGACGACGUGGCAGACUAGAGGUUAAAAUUCAGCUAUUGUACAUUAGAUGCAAUUUUGAGGUAUUCAGGUCUUUCACACAAAGUAUGAAUUGAACUACUUUUGUAAAAUGUAGAUUUAUCAAAAGGGGAAAAACCAAAUGUUUCAUGAAUGAGCACGUUGUGUCUUUGAAAGCAUCUUUUGGUGAGUGACCAUAAAAACGAUUGCACAUAAUACGAAGAAUAAUACAUCUCUGUAAAAUAAUUGUCCUACUUUCACUAAAGACUUAACACAAACGCGUUGUAACCAGCCACUGUAUGUCCUGCUGUGUUUGAUCUUUGUUUUUAUUUAACUGUGGGGAAAAAUGCUUUUGUUUUUUGUAAUAUGCUGCAAAUGGUAUAAUAAAGGACUUGUUUUACUUUUU